AUGCUAGGCUCUGUUAAGGUUCUUGUAGGUAGAGAUGAUGUGCGGGGGCACAGAGGCGCUGGUGUCAAGCGGACCAUAGUUACCGCUAUAGAGUGCAUUAGUGCUGAUGGUAGGCCGCUACCGCCUCUGAUAAUUUGGCCGGCCUCAACACACCGGAGCAACUGGACCACGCACUCAACCCCUGGGUGGCACUACGGUGUUUCUGAGAACGGGUACAACGAUUCUAGGAUAAGCCUUGAGUGGCUAAAGCGCGUUUUUGAUGUCGAAACUAGGGUCCGAGCUAAUGGUAAACCACGAGUACUAAUCUGUGACGGGUUCGGAACGCACGAGACGCUGGAGAUCCUGGAGUUCUGCUUUGAGAACAACAUCGUCUUAUGCCGUCUGCCUUCUCAUACUUCUCACAAACUACAGCCUUGUGAUGUCUCCGUCUUUGCACCCCUGAAGACAGCCUAUCGUGAUCAGGUUGAGCGACUGAACCGUGGCGGCAUUAAUACAAUCGGCAAGGAGCAUUUUACCUACUUGUAUGCGCCAGCGAGAGAGAGGGCAUUAACUAAGAGGAAUAUCCUUGCUGGAUGGGCUGCUACAGGCUUAUUUCCUUUUAACCCAGAGAGAGUGCUUCGUAACACACCAAAGCCGCCU